UUUUUUUUUAUUGUAAAUUGAGAGGGAUUAUGGGAAAUAGCUUCAGUACUCAAGAAUUAAAAGAGAAAAUACACCAAGAUUUAAAAAUAGAUGUAGCAUUUCCAUUUUUCCCUUCAGACAGAAAAUCUGGUUCGAGCGCGUGCUGUGUUGUGGAUACAGAUUGGAUCGACAAGUUAACCCAUCCCAGUGACAACAAUGAAGCUUUUAUAUUAAGACGACCCGGAUAUUCUCGAAAAACAAACGAUGCAGGUUCAACUAAUUCUCAAAAACAAUCUCCAACUGUAAAUAUAUAUGUCACUGUAUUAUCUAAAGCCAGCGCCAACGGCUUAUCACUUUAUGAAUCUUCAGUUAUGUCAUCAGUUAAAAGCAACAAUAUCCAUACACAGGAUAAAUGGCCAUUGAUUGAAUAUAUCCAAUCCUUAUUGGAAGGAAAAGGAGCCGAUCAAAAGAUCGAAUCUUUAAAGGACAUAUUUAACGAUUAUGAAGCCAUGUUCGAUGACAGAAAGGAAACGCAUGAUAUAUUCGUCCAUAGGGUAAGGAAUCUUUUAUGGCCCAAUUGCCAUUGGUAUAAAAAACUCUUGAUUAAGGAAGACGACUCGAUUACGUUGCAAAAAAAAGUCGAGAAAGACAUUGAUUUAAUAGAAGCAGACACAUCCAACUCGAAUUUACCCGACGUUUUUUCCUUGAUUGAAACCAAUCAUGCAUAUUAUUUCUUGGCUUCGUAUCGUGGUGCUACAUUACAAGACUUGAUCACUUACAAUCCCGGUGUCCUCAGCUCGAAUCUAAAAAAAUCUUUCAUCACUUAUCAACUUUUACGUGUCAUUGCAAGUUUACACAGCCGAGGAGUUCUGCACGGAAGUCUAAAAGCAUCGAAUAUUUUAGUGGAUGAAAAUUUGUGGAUUCAAUUGGCUGGAAUCGAGUUUGAACCAAACCCAAAAGAUUUUGAUAUGAGAAGUUGGAUCCAUGAUAGAAAAGUACUAAAGAUGACAAAGCAUUUACCCCAAGAACCUCUGGUUGUGAGUUGGGUAAAAGGUGAAAUAUCUAACUUUUCUUAUCUGAUGGCCUUGAACCAUUUGGCAGGCAGAAGAGAAGGGGAUCCCAAUUUUUAUCCCAUCUUACCUUGGAUUACAGAUUUCUCGGGGGAUUCGAUUGAGGAUGGCUGGAGAAAUUUUACGCAGACAAAGUUUAGAAUCAACAAGGGCGAUGAGCAACUCGAUUUUACUUUUGAUGGACCCGUACCUCAUCAUAUCACAGAUAUUUUAUCGGAUAUCACUUAUUAUGUCUACCAGGCAAGAAAAACACCAAUCCCAGUUUUAUGUCAAUUCGUAAGAUCCAAAUACGAACCCAACGAAUACCCUUCAUCCAUGCAAAGAUUAUACCAAUGGACACCUGAUGAAUGUAUACCCGAAUUCUAUACUGACCCAAGCAUUUUUAAAUCCAUUCACCCCGACAUGCCCGACUUACAAAUACCUCAAUGGGCUGACUCACCUAAGGAUUUUAUACGUAAACAUGCAGAAGCGCUGGAAAGUGAUUACGUUUCUGCUAACCUACACCAUUGGAUUGAUUUAACGUUUGGCAAUGAUCUAACCGGUAAAGGCGCUGUCGAGGCAAAAAAUGUCGCUUUACCUUUAUUAGCUGGUCAGAAUAGUUUUAUGAAACAUGGUAUUAUUCAAUUGUUCAAGGAUAAGCAUCCCCAACGUGGCUGUAAUUGGAACAAGAUGAAAAAAGAAUCUCAUUUAGUGUCAGCUUCGCCUAUAUCAGCAGAGGAUGAUGCGUCAGAUAGAUCAGUUCGAGCAAACCAACCGCAACACAUCACAAACGCUGCGAUUGCUGCAUCCAAGCAACGAUCCAGUAGUAUAAGAACGAGACAUACGCUGUUAUCGAAUAGCAAUAGUAUGGAUAGUGCAACAACAGGGUUACUUUCGACUAUGGUUCAUUCGUCUUCCAUUGCCGGAACUGUGACUACAGCUGCAACCUCCAAUCGAGACCGAACACCGUCGAUUCACUCCACUGCAUCUUCCAUCGAUACCAGCCGUUCACUUCCCUCAUCUUUAAUAGCAACGGCCGAACCUUUUACUUCAGUGCUUCGUACCGAACCAAUCAAAAUGCCUAUAUCCAUUGCAGAAAAUUAUUUUAUUGAUGAUUUGGAUCUGUUUGAAGAUAUGGCAGCAUUUUCAGCCAAAUACAAGUCAAUGGACCGUGCCGAAAUGUUAAUUGUUAAUCCUAUUUAUCCCGAUCCACCUCAUCGAUUUAUGAUUGAUCCUACAGAAACAGUUGAAGCGCCACCUAAACCCUUCUCAGUAGGUGCUGCAUUCGACAUGUAUUGUUUAGGUCAAGUGAUUGAAAGUGUCUAUACUGCUGGAAAUUCCAAAGUGGUGGAUUCGGAUGGAGAGCCUUCUCAAGCACCAGCCAGCGGUUAUUUUGAAGUCGGUAACGGGGAUGUCAGUUACGAUAUUGCUCCUACUGGUAAAGUCGAUGUCUCGUCUGCUGUCACAGGUGUUAUUUCAGCACUGAAAUCAGAGGAUUGGCAAGUCAGACCCACAGCCAAAUCAAUUUUAUGUGCUUCUUUCCCUGUCAUGACUGUACGAGAUCCUCGCUCUUCUUUCCCCUUUCCUGAAACUGUUCCGGAAAUGUAUGAGUAUUUGGCGGCGUUUCAUCAAGCAGAAUGGUCAAGAAGGCUGUAUUUGGCUGAUAAAUGGAUUGAUCGCAUAUGUGAUCUGGAAGAUGAGGCUUUUCUUUUAUUAUUACCGAGUUUCUCUGAAUUAUUCACACACGUCGAAACAAGGAUUGGAUCCAUCAGUCUUUUCCCCAAACUUGCCCAACGCCUCGGACCAGAUAGAGCUCGUAGAUACCUACUAAAGAGAAUCAUAUCCAUGUUUGAAGCAUUACGACCUAAUAUCCCCAAAGUUCUGUUCAACCAAAACAUCAUUUAUGAAUUUGUAAAGAGGUUAGGAAUUUCCGUGUUUUUACAACAGAUGCUUCCCUGUUAUCUUGAAGCACUUGCGAUUCAUGAGGAGGGUCCUAGUGUUGCUGUGGCAACAGAUAAAACCACAUCCAUCACAGACCUCGCGGGCGACUCCCUCGUUCAUAUCUGUGUGAUGCUAGGCCCUAUCUUGACCUCCAAACAUAUUGUACGCCAACUCGUAAAGAUUCUUUUCCGUGAUAAUCAAGUACGCCCUUCACUCGUCAAUACCACGGUGCGCAUCAUUGGCGGAUUUGGCUCGACAUUUACAGCAGUACAGUAUUCUUACUUGAUUAGUUUAAUGGAUGGAUCUGUGACGAGUGCUAAAUUGACGAUGAAGACCACUAAAACCAUAUUUUCGGUACUUACGUUGUUACAAGAAUUGGUGCCAUAUUUAUCGAACGAAGCGCUGGUGACUGAACUCAAAUCUGGAUUUAUUGCCACUUUAUACCAACUAUUGGAACCAUUACCACAAUCUGCCACCGAGGAUAUCAAUUCGAUCUCUCCAGAGCAAUUAAGGUUACGCCUGACCAUCAGUAUGAAAACCAUUGAAUAUUUGUUGAAAGCAAGUCAAAAAUUGACAGUACAAGAAUGGGAAUCUACUAUUGUUUCAACACUUCAAAAAUACUUUUCAGGUUUCUCUAUGGACAUUUCUAGUGAUGAUGAGAGCAAGGAUGAACUUUCUUGUUCAUUGUCCGCACAAAAGAGCUAUCAAAUGAUUUAUGCUUAUUACCGAUUUAUUAUGAUUGUUUCAGAAGAGAAAUUACGCCGUGUGAUACCCACCAGUGAUGCUAUUGAGUCCAUGCUGUAUGAUCACUUUUCCAUCAAGUCAAAAUCACUUUUCGAUAUAACACCCACUAGUUCCAUGUCAUCCUCUCACAUCAGCUCUGUCCAAAAGAAAUUCUUACCAGUUGCUACCACCACCAAAUCAGAAACAACUGCCACUUUACAAAGCGGUAACAAGUUUAUGUCUUGGAUGAUACCGAACAAACGUAUACCUACCGAUCAAGCCACCGAUACAGCUUCCAUCUCCUCCAAGAAAUCUUCCUCCUCUACAAAAGAUGAAUUACUAUCCAAAAAGAUCGAUAUUGAUGUAAACAAACUGUUUGAAUAUUCCACCAAGAAUUUGCAUACGUUUGGGUAUCCACCAUCUAGGUUGACUGUGGCUUCGGAGAGUAGCGCAAGUAAAGCGGGUUUAACCAAUUCAGCUAUUGCUGUCACUGCUACAGUUACUGCUUCUCCCACUGUCAUCACAAACGGGACAGGCAUCCCUCUGUCGUCCACUGCUGUUGUCUCGGGUUCUACCACCUCAAAUUCCUUAGCAUUAGAUGGAAGCUCCACCCAAAAGAUGAAGGUUACCGAGAUAUUUGAUAAACCGAACAGCGUUACCAAACCAGUGGAAAAAGAAAGUAAAUCCAAAGUUCCUACCAGUGUUUUACCUUGGAAGACAAGAUGGAAACCAUUUCCCGAAGAUAAAAAAAAUUGGAACCGAUUUUUAUCCACGAAUUCUGAAGAAAUGUCGAAAUCAAUGCAAUUUUCAUUUAAUGACCUGAAAUUGCGCGGAUUUGCUGGCCAUAAUGCGGCCAUUCGAACGUUUGCAGUCAACGAACCUGCAAAGAUUUUUGCAUCGGGAUCGCGAGACAAAACUGUCAAAAUCUGGUCGUUGAAUGUGCACGAAGGGAUCGAGAACUGGGAAAGCGAUCCAUUUUCGGAAAGUUUGGUGACUUACACUGGGCAUCGAAGAGGGACAAUCAAUGAUGUGCAUUUCUUAUCAACAGGCGGUCUGAAUGAUAUUGUAGCCAGUUGUGAUGGUCAUGUUCAUUUAUGGGAUCCCGAAACAGGAACUGGACUUCAUCAAUUCAAUGCGGGCCGAUCAUCCGUGGUUUCCGUCAAACCAAUAUUUCAAUCACGACAUUUAGUAGGAGGUACGAUCGAAGGCAAUAUUACAUUUUUCGAUGCACAUAAUUACAUACCGUUACAUACUUGGAAAUCGAGCUCCAUGAUGUCGGGCGUAAUUCGAGUGAUUGCGGUCAAUCAAGCAGAGACGUUAGUUGCGGUGGGAUUUUCCACCGGUGCUAUUUCAUUGAUUGAAUCGCGAACUGGCACUUUGGUAGCAAGCUGGAAGGGAGGUGAUACCGAAAUCACUUGUAUGAAAUUUUAUACUGAUGAUUUACUGCUAUCCUGUGCACCCGCAGAUCAUCUUAUAUGUUGUUGGAAUGUCAACCGUUUAGCACUUGUAAAGACCAUACCCGCAGCUCAAGAUGUCACCUCUUUGGAUAUAUACAAGGAUGAAAUCCUGACAAUUAAUGCAAAUAGCUCUGUGUCUUUUAUACCAAUUAAUGACGAUUUUCAAGCCUACUCUUCAAAAUUUAAAUCUUCCAUCAUUAAAUCGCAAGUCAGUUCGUUUGGUGUUGUGCACACGGACCAAUUGCUGCUCUUCGGGUGUGCUGAAGGAGAGAUCUUUUUGUAUGCCUAGACACGAUAGAAAUCCUGAGUUGCGCACAAGGGAAAUAAAAAUAUGUAUUGCUCUAGUCUACCUUAACUAGUUUAAAGUACACUUUUUUUUUAUAGUAGAGUAUUAAACUAUGACAUGAUGAAAG